UCGCCCCCGCCCCGUGUCCCCCGCCCGCCGCGCUCGGCGGUGCGGGAUGGGGCGAUGGCGCGGGCGGGCGCGGGGCCGCCGCGGGAGCUAUCCCUGGAGGAGGUGCUGAAGUGCUACGAGCAGCCGCUGAACGAGGAGCAGGCCUGGGCGCUCUGCUUCCAGGGCUGCCGCGCCGCCGCCGCCACCCCCGUAGCCCCCGCGCCGCUCCGCACCGCCGACAUCCGCCUCCGCGCCGACGGCUCCCUCCGCCUGCCCGCCCCGCCGCACGACCUGCCCGCGCUGCUGACACCCUCCGCUGAAGCCCAGAUGGUGCAGUCGCUGGGCUUUGCCGUGUACCGGGCACUGGACUGGGGGCUGGACGAGAAUGAGGAGCGGGAGCUGAGCCCACGCCUGGAGCAGCUCAUUGACCUGAUGACCAACAGCGACUCGGAGGACAGCGGCUGUGCCACGGCUGACGAGGGCUAUGGCGGGCAGGAGGAGGAGGAGGAGGGGGGUGAGGGGCCGCCACGCGCCGUGCGCACCUUCGGCCAGGCCAUGCGGUGCUGUGCCGCCCGCCUGGCAGACCCUGCUGGCGCCCCAGUGCACUACCAGGCUGUGUGCCGGGCACUCUUUGCUGAAACUGUGGAGCUCAUGGCCUUCCUCGCCAAGAUCCGUGAUGCCAAGGAGCUGCUGCAGAAGCUGAAGGAGGAUGAGGAAGAGGAGGAGCGGCCGGCGGCAGAGCUGGGCAGCCUGCGCAACACCGACUGGGCCCGGCUGUGGGUACAGCUGAUGCGGGAGCUGCGGCAUGGUGUGAAGCUGAAGAAGGUGCAGGAGAAACAGUUCAACCCACUGCCCACUGAGUACCAGCUCACGCCCUUCGAGAUGCUCAUGCAGGACAUCCGCGCCCGCAACUACAAACUCCGCAAGGUCAUGGUGGAUGGAGACAUCCCCCCUCGGGUGAAGAAGGAUGCCCACGAGCUCAUCCUCGACUUCAUCCGCUCCCGGCCCCCCCUGAAGCAGGCAUCAGAGCGACGGCUGCGGCCCCUGCCCCAAAAGCAGAGGACGCUCCACGAGAAGAUCCUGGAGGAGAUCAGGCAGGAGCGGAAGCUCCGGCCUGUGGAGCAGAAAGGGUACAGCUCCCUGCCCUGCAUCCCACACGCCUGUGCUGGCCGCCUGGCCUCCAGCUCCUGCCUUGAGCUCUCCCGGUGCCCAGCCAGUGCCAUGCCCACGCGCCCACGGCCACGCGUCCUCCUCAAGGCGCCCACCCUGGCCGAGAUGGAGGAAAUGAACCUCUCUGAGGACGAGGACUCCCCAGGCACAGAGGUGCCGCUGAAGCGAGAUCGCUCCUUCUCGGAGCAAGACCUGGCACAGCUGCAGAGCCAGCUGGGGGGUGACCAGGCUGCACCUCAGGGCCCGGAGCCGCUGCAGCCUGAGCCCCGGCCCCGCUCAGGCUCUGUCCCUGCCAGCUGUCACCGGCUGCCAGAUGGCCCAGCACCACCCCGGGCUGCCCUCGGUGCUGUGGAGGAGAGACCAGAGGAUGGAUCCAGCAGUGCCCCCACCACUAGCUCCAAGCACCUCUGGCUGGAGUUCAGCCACCCCGUGGAGAGCCUGGCCCUGACCGUGGAGGAGAUGAUCAAUGUCCGCAGGGUGCUGGUCAAGGCUGAGAUGGAGAAGUUCCUGCAGAGCAAGGAGCUGUACAGCAGCCUGCGGAGAGGGAAGGUUUGCUGCUGCUGCAGGGCCAAGUUCCCCCUCUUCUCCUGGCCCGCGGCGUGUCUCUUCUGCAAGCGGUCUGUCUGUAGCUCCUGCAGCCUGAAGAUGAAGAUGCCUUCCAAGAAGCUGGCUCACAUCCCCGUCUACGCGCUGGGCUUCGAGAGCCUCCCGGGCUCGCUGCUCUCCAAGGCGCUGCCGCUGCGCCGGAGGGAGCCCUUCCACUCGCUGUCGGGGUCGUGCUGGCGCCGCGUGGAGGAGGAAUUUCCGCACAUCUACGCACAGGGCUCGGUGCUGCGGGACGUGUGCCCCGACUGUGCCGGGUUCGUGACGGACGUGGUGAGCUCCAGCCGGCGCAGCGUGGCCGUGCUCAACGCCAGCGCCGCGUCCCGGCGCCACGCCAAGGCCCGCUCCCUCUACAGCGACGCCUGGCUCCAGUGAGGGGCCCGGUGCCUCGGGAUGGGCGCCACGGGGGUGCUCCCCGAUGUACAUAUAUACAUAGGAUGGAUACACACAGCCUCUAUAUUUAUAUACGUUAUGGACCAGGGGCAAAAGGACCCGUUCCCGCAUUCCCUUUCCAUCCCUGCCACCAGCCCCUGGGGAGGAACAAGUCCUGCCAUGGGGCACCUGCAGCCUCUGAGGGGAUGGAUCCCACCACGAGGUACCCAUAGACCCAGGACGGGAUGGAUUCCACAGUGGGACGGUGCCUGAGGGGGUGGAUCCAGCUGUGGGAUACCCGCAGCCUCUGGUGGAACAGAUCCAGGUGUGGGACACCUGCAGCACCUGGGGGAAAGGAUCCCACCGUGGGGCAGCUCCUGGGAGGACAGGUCCUGCUGCGGAGCGCCCACAGUCUCCAAGGGGAUGGAUCCCACCAUAGAGCACUCUCAAUGCCCAGAUGGAUGGAUCGCGCUGUGGGACACCUGCAGUCCCCAGGGGCACAGAUCCCACCGUGGGGCAGCUCCUGGGGGAACGGAUCCCACGGUGGGGCACCUGCAGCCCCCCGCAUUGGCUCCCCCCAGCCCUGCUUCUGUGCCAAGCCCUGGCUGUGCCGGGGUGCCCAGUGCCCUGGGCUGGCACGGCUGCUCUGUAUGGCCCCCCUCCGAUAAUAAACCCGCUGGGCUGCCC